AUGAAGAUCGAGAAUUUCUCUCAAUACUCACAAUAUAACGGCGAAAAACUUAGUCGACCAGACAUGUCUGAUCUAGAAAUACUCAGGAGGACAUAUCGGCUUUAUUUGGCUGUAGCACUCGCUGUUAUUACAAUACUAAUUGGCACCAUAAUAAUUUUGGCCGUACUACUAUAUCAGAAAAUCCACCGACUUGAUGAAAUUGAGGACGAUCUUGAAAUUUGUCAAACAUUUCUCGUGACCAAAAACCCUCUAAAUACGACCUAG